AUGUUCGCGGGAAAAGAAGCAUCUGUGCAAUCCUCGAAAAUGUGGUACAUAUUUUUGGUGCAUGAAAUCUGGAACCAGGAGAGGAAAGGCGAUAUACUAGAGCUUUUGGAUUCAACAUUUUCGAAAAGAGUACGCCCAGCACGCGUGGAACAAGUAAUCGGAACGAGAAUUUUGGUGCGUGUGGCUGUGGAUUUGCUCGACUCAGAGAAGCCUAUUGAGGACGGUGAUACUCAGGUUACUGAAGGGUUUUGGAUGGAUCAGGACUCGCCAUUACUUUUUCACGUUGGCUGGGCCAGUAAAAAUCGUUACGGAUUAUUCGCCAGUGAGGAGUAUGAGCGGCAUGCAAAGGAAGUUGCAAAAGCAUUAGAAAAAGUACGAUUUUUUGAUUUUUCUGCUAAGCCAAAUAUUAACGCUGGCGUGUUUUUGAACGGCCAGUGCGCAUAUCUCGGUAAAAUUGGAGUUUUACAUCGGCACUGCUGCAAAUCCAGGUAA